UUUUUUUGAGGAAAAAAGUUCAUCUAAUAUUUUUUGAAGGAGAGUCGUGUUGUAAUUGUUGGGUUGCAAUGAUUAUUAUUUUGUAGUAAUUGUGUAGAUUUGUUGUUGUUGUUCUUCUUCAUCCACCUGUCUUGUCUUCUGACUCGCUCAUAUCAUAUUAUACAACAAACACAAAAACGAAUCCAGAUUGAUUGAUUCUUCUGAUUCCCAGAACAGAGUUUCAAUUCGAAUUCAUUGUAUUUAAUCGAUGGCUUCUCAUUCUCGCCGCCGCAUGUUAUUGAAAGUCAUCAUCCUCGGUGAUAGUGGGGUUGGCAAAACAUCACUCAUGAAUCAGUAUGUGAAUCGAAAGUUUAGUAACCAGUAUAAGGCUACCAUUGGUGCUGAUUUCCUUACCAAGGAAGUUCAAGUUGAAGACAGGUUGUUCACAUUGCAGAUCUGGGAUACUGCUGGUCAGGAGAGGUUUCAAAGUCUUGGUGUGGCUUUCUACCGAGGUGCAGAUUGCUGUGUCCUUGUUUAUGAUGUAAAUGUCAUGAAAUCUUUUGAAAACCUUAACCACUGGCGAGAAGAGUUCCUUAUUCAGGCUAGUCCAUCUGAUCCUGAAAACUUCCCAUUUGUGGUGUUGGGAAACAAAGUAGAUGUUGAUGGUGGAAAUAGCCGAGUUGUUUCUGAGAAGAAAGCAAAGGCAUGGUGUGCUUCCAAGGGGAAUAUACCAUACUUUGAGACCUCUGCAAAGGAGGGUUUUAAUGUUGAGGCUGCUUUUGAGUGUAUUACCAAAAAUGCUCUCAAGAAUGAACCUGAAGAAGAAUUAUACAUGCCAGAAACAAUUGAUGUCGGUGGCGGUGGACGGCAACAGAGGUCAACAGGCUGUGAAUGUUGAGAGUUCUUUGCAUAGUCAGCUUCACAUGCAAGAUUGGUGCCAAAUUACUGCAUCCUUCAAAUUGGUGCUACAUUCUGCAUUUUCAGCAAUGAAAAGCCUGGGACAACUUGUCCUUCUUGUAUCUCUCUAGUUGCUUAGAUGUUCUCCUGUUUGUUUACUUAAUGUUACCCUCCUUAUUUUUCCUUUUGCCCAUAUAUAUGUAUCAAGUAUUACUUUUUUUAACCAAAAGUUUGAGUAUAUUACUUGAUAUUUUUUUUUAGGGCAAAAGUAUAUUACUUAAAAAGUUUGAGUAUAUUACUUUAUAUUUUUUUUAGGACAAGUAUAUUACUUUAAAUUGCACUAGCAUGUUUUUUUUUUUUGAA